CCCAUAUUCACGCUACUGGAAAGAUCACCUAACAAGCGAGGCCUGACAAUGCCUUAGGAACUAUGAAACUGUAGUAUAAUAACCUUCCCUUCAUCAAAUUUUCACAUUCGGUCUCUAUCAGUUCUUCUCCAACAUCAAUCUAUAUCGACUCCUCUCCAAUAUCAGUCUAUCUCAAUUCCGCUUAAGCAAAAUGGCAGCAACGUCCUCUUCCACUGCUGCAGACACUCCUCGCGGCCGCAUCCGCGACCUUCUCCCUACCGUGAAUCUCGGCCGCUUCGCUUCAGGCCCUAAGAACUCCCUCACCGACGUCCCUGGCGUCCUUGUCCAUACUCAAUCCAUCCACUCGCAUCCCGCUGCAGCCCCCGGCUCCAUCAAUACCGGCGUCACUACGAUCUUACCCCGGAAAGACUGGUUCCAUCAGGCAUGCUUCGCUGGUCUCUUCCGCUUCAACGGCUCCGGGGAGAUGACCGGGAGUCAUUGGAUCGAGGAGACGGGAUUACUACACUCCCCUAUCAUCCUGACCAACUCGUUCGCCGUGGGCGCUGCUUAUCAAGGAAUCUACGAGUGGGCAAUCCGCGAGUACGGGGAUGAGAAGGGGAGUGUAGAUUGGUUCCUGUUGCCCGUAGUCGGCGAGACGUUUGAUGGAUACAUGAACGAUAUCGCCAAAUUCUCGGUAAAGCCAGAGCAUAUUGUUCAAGGAAUGGAUCAGGCAAAUGCGGAUAGCGUGCCGGAAGGGAACACGGGAGGCGGGACAGGUAUGCUCUGCCAUUACUUCAAGGGAGGGACGGGAUGUUCCAGCCGUGUGAUUCCAGGAGUGAAGAAAGAUUACACGGUCGGAGCACUCGUGCAAGCGAAUUACGGUGCCAUGCGGGACUUUCGAAUCAAGGGAGCGCCGCUUGGAAGACUGAUAUUAGAGGACCAGGAGAAGAUUAUGAGAGCAAAUCCGGAUGAUCCUAAGCUCCUGGCGCAAGCUAAGCUGCUGAUCAAGUUGACAGAAGCGAAGGACAAAAAGGAUGGGAGUAUCAUUGUGGUGAUAGCGACAGAUGCACCGCUGCAUCCUACCCAGCUGCAGCGUGUGGCAAAGAGAGCGACGAUUGGGUUGGCGAGAGCUGGGGGCUGUGGACACAAUCCAUCUGGGGACAUCUUCCUGGCUUUCUCGACUGCGAAUGAGAUUCCGGUGCAGACUGUUACGACACAGGAGCGGAAAGUAGAUCCUUGGACUCCUUCAACUCUGCCAAUCGAGUAUGUUGACGAUCAGACAAUCAACUCGAUAUUCGAGAACACGGCUGAUGCGGUCGAGGAGACGAUCUUGAAUGCCUUGUGUAUGGCCGAGACUAUGACCGGACAUGAGGGCAAUACCGUCAACGCCUUGAACACAGACCAGAUGAAAGAGAUGAUGGAGAAGUACCUGUAAAUGGAUGUUCUUCAUAUUCAGGUUUGAUUUACUUGGAAUUGAAUACGCUGGAGAGCCUCAUGCAGCGUCAUGGGUGAAAUCACCCUAAGUCUCUAGCACGUUCGAUCUGGACGACACAAAACUUGACAUCUUGUUCGGAUUUUCCAGAUGCACUGGGACACCUCAUGCAGUCAAGUGCAUGUGGAAUUACCUUAGGUUUACAUGUUCGAUCUGGACCUUGAAGAUCUUUACAUUUCAUUGUGAUUUCUUUCGACGGGCUGGGCCGCCUCACGCAGCAUUGUACAGGUAUAAACACUCCGGAUACACGGUAAAUCGAAUUUGGAGCGCGAAGAUAUUUACAUCCCGUUCGGACUUCCUUAAUGUGCUGGGGCAACUCACGCACUAUCGAACAAAU